CUACAUUUCCACCACCCCAUAUAUAAACUUCCUUGUCCUAAAUAAUAAAUCCUCUCAUAACUUUCUACAACCCCAAAACCCCACCACCACAACAACCUUCCACCACCACCAUGGGGUCUAGUGGUGACUAUGAUUCGCCACUCCUCUCCUCACAACAACCACCACUCCUUCCACCACAAAAGGCGGGGGCGGUGGGAGAAGACGUGAAUUCGACACUCGAAGACACACUAAACAGCCGUGACACGUCACUGCUUCGCCGCCUAUGGUUAGCCACGUGGAUAGAGAUGACUUACUUGGUCCCACUAGCGGGGCCCGCCAUCGUGGUGUAUUUGCUUAAUAACGUGAUUUCAAUGUCCACCCAAAUAUUCUGCGGCCACCUCGGAAAUCUCGAACUCGCCGCCACUUCUCUCGGCAAUAACGGUGUUCAACUCUUGGCCUACGGUCUCAUGCUUGGUAUGGGAAGCGCGGUAGAAACCCUAUGCGGGCAAGCAUACGGUGCUAACAAAUACGACAUGCUCGGCGUCUACAUGCAACGUUCCACCGUCCUCCUAAUGGCCACCGGAAUACCGUUAAUGGUCGUGUACCUUUUCUCGAAGGACAUCCUUUUACUACUAGGAGAACCCGAAAACAUAGCCUCAGCAGCUGCAUUAUUCAUAUAUGGUCUAAUCCCACAAAUAUUCGCGUACGCUUGCAAUUUCCCUAUACAAAAGUUCCUCCAAUCGCAAAGCGUGGUUUUCCCAAGCGCGUACAUUUCAGCCGGGGCGCUCGUGGUCCACAUCGGGCUCACUUGGGUCGCGGUUUAUAAGCUCGGGUGGGGCCUACUUGGGGCGGGUUUGGUGUUGAGUUUUUCUUGGUGGAUUAUAGUCGUGGCUCAGUUCGUUUACAUAGUGGUUAGCUCGAGGUUUAAGUAUACUUGGACCGGGUUUAGUAUGGGUGCGUUUAGCGGGCUUUACGAGUUUUUCAAGCUGUCUGCUGCUUCGGCUGUUAUGCUGUGUUUGGAAACUUGGUAUUUUCAGAUAUUGGUGUUGAUUGCUGGUUUGCUUGAUAAUGCUCAACUUGCCUUAGACUCCCUCUCUGUAAGCAUGACAAUAUCUGGAUGGGUGUUCAUGAUUUCGGUGGGAUUCAACGCAGCUGCAAGUGUAAGAGUGAGCAAUGAGCUAGGAGCAAAGCACCCAAAGUCUGCAUCAUUUUCUGUUGUAGCAGUGACCACCAUUUCCUUCUUGAUCGCGCUAUUCUUUGCAAUCCUUGUGCUCAUUUUCCGGUAUGAGCUUAGUUAUAUCUUCACUGGUGGUGUUGAAGUUUCUGAAGCUGUUGCUGAUCUCUCCCCGUUCCUUGCCAUUUCUAUCCUUCUUAACGGAGUCCAACCUGUUUUAUCGGGGGUGGCGGUUGGAUGUGGAUGGCAAUCCUUUGUUGCUUAUGUAAAUGUCGCAUGUUAUUAUGUGGUCGGAAUCCCUGUUGGAGUUCUGCUCGGAUUUUACUUUAAUCUUGGUGUUAAGGGAAUAUGGGGCGGUAUGAUUGGAGGAACUGUGAUACAAACUCUUAUCCUACUAUGGGUCACAUACCGAACAGAUUGGCAAAAAGAGGUUGAGAAAGCUGCUAAACGACUCGAUACAUGGGAAGCCGUGAAAGAGCCGUUGAUAAACCGGAUUAGUUGAUAAACAAAUCAUAUGAUAGCACAAGAAAAAAUGGAUGGAAAUGCAGUAUUUUUCAUCUAUAGAUAGACAGAUUCAACACAAACAUGAAAGUAAAGAUUUGGCGCGGUUUUUGUUCUUCGUGGAAGUUGUUUCCAUGUUAUUAUGCGCCUGUAUUCAAGAGAAACUUACAACAAAGUUUUGAUGUUGUGUGGAUUAAACCAGUUUUAGUUUGGUUGUAAAGGUAACUUAUUCAUUGAGAAGUUAGUUCACCACACUAUUGAGAGUAACUGAAAAUGAUAUUACAAUCGAAGAAAGAUAUCUCAAGAUUUUCCGGCUGAAAUUUUUAUGUCA